AUGAGUUUCUCCACUCGUGAUUCUUCCCCCCCCUCUCCUCACCGUGUCCCCCGACCCUUCUCCACCUCUCCCUCCCUGACCUGCUGUCCUGAACUCGACCUGUCAGUCACCCUCAGCCCUGCCCCUAAAAAUGGCCAGACGCGACACAGGCCUCACAAACUGAAGCAGAGUGAACAAUCACAGUUGAAGCACAACCCUCACGGGCAGCUGGAAAGACAGAGGAACAGACAGGUGUGUUCUAAAGAGACAGUUGUCUCAGUGAUUCCAGAGCCUCACAUUGAAGUGAGCAGUGACGCCCCAUUUCAGCAGCGGCUAAGAGGCCUCGGACAUUUGGUGGAACCUCCCGCCGUAACAGCCAGUCAAGAUCUGAGUUGUCUGGAGAGGGCAGAGCUAAAUACCACUCUGGCUCUGAAGACUAAACUUCAGUCACUGCAGGAGUCUGAAUUUAACUCCCAGAGGGCAGUUCAGGAGACACUACAGUCAGAGAGGACCAAAAAUCUGAUUAAUGCCAGAGCCACUGAAGUAGUGAAUGUCUCUCGCUCUCAGAUUCUCUUCACCUCAUUGGUCAGUGUGGAUGUGCAGGAAGAUCAGCUGAUCAACCAGUUGCUCCAGGAAAAGCUGCUUCUGGCUCCCCCCUCCCAGUGUUGUGGGAGCAGGGACACGAAGGGACCCUCACCCAUCUUUUUCAUAACUUCUGACCUGCUCAGACAAAAGCACCUUCCACCAGAGGAGGCGCCGGUCAGCUGCAAACUCCGCCCAUCGGCUUGCCCUGCCCACUCAGUCUUUGACCUCUACAAACGGCAGCAAUGCUGGGAGGCAACACCCUGACAGAAGACUGUAUGUAUACAUGAUGGAGCCACUGUGACACCACCCACUGGUUAUAAGAAGACUCAAGCUGAACAUUUUCACUGUUGCCUCCACUGUUGGUUUUGAAGUGACAGGUUGGGGCAGGAUGUGAUUGAGAAGCAGUGCAUACACAGCACACUGACUGUCAGCUUGUCACAUAUACUGUUGUGUGGUCCUUUUUGACUGUACUGCAGACCGUCGUUUACAAACAGAAAAUUUCACUGAGACUAUAUAAUACUUGAGACUAGUGACUGAGACCAUAAACUGAUCAGAAAAGUGUUCACACAGGUCAUAAAGGGCCCGUUAUACCCACCGUUGUGUCUUUGUGAACAGUGGCUCAGAAGUGAUGUCUCCUCUGCUGUUGUUUCAGCUGGUUGUGUGCCUUUGAUUUUUUUGUAACCUUGCAUGGGUGGAGUGAAGACACAACUGCACAAUCGUGUAGAUUUUUACCACAUCAUUAUUUCAAUAAUACUGCUGUAGCUCAGAGAUUUUCCAAUUUAUUUUUUAUUUAUUUAUUUUUUUUACCUAUACCAUUGUUCGUGUGGGGCUUUUGUCUGAGUGGCACCUCCCCUGUCUGAAAUAACACUGAAGGGCAGUAUUGAGAAGUAUGGAGGACCUCAGUGGCAGUAUAAAUGGUGACGGGGCAGUCGUGGCAUCACAUUUAGUUCAUGAAACCGAUUCUGGGCCCUGAGUGAACUGAGGGCCAUUUUCCCCAACGGUCCCCAAUUACAGCCUGAUGAGUCGCCUCCUGAGGGCGCUUGGAAAAUAAUCUGUGUUUAAGGCACUUCAGCAUCAGCUUCAUUUUUCAGAUGCGCACACAGGGAAUCUGUGAGAGGGUAAUGGGGUUUUUAUUGAGCAGAUUUAAUAAUUAGCUACUCAGUUUUUAAAUUAACAGAAAGCUAAAAUUGUUUCAGAGUAAAGAGGUCAAACUAAUUCCUUUCAAAUGUUCUGCUCUUAAGAUUUUAUGUUUUCCAAUAAGUUAUUUAUGUGACCAUUUGUUUUGAAUAAUGUCAGUUUCAAAACUGUGUUUAUUCCAUUUGCUGUACACAUGAAACGAUGCACUAGUUGUUCUCCAAUAGGAAAUUUUAAAUAUCAAUGACAUCAUUUCUGGCAUCCUGUUUAAUUUUAUGCACCAAUCUGUAGCUUGUUUGGUUUCAUUUUAUGGUAGAAAUUUAUUUACAUGUCACCUGUUUAUGUCC